AAGUCGGACUGAAGGAAUCUGGGAACGAUCCCCAGCCCAGCCGUACCUGGCCUUACAGAGGACAUUUGCUUUAGCAUACUUGAUGUACUUCUCCACCAAAGAUGGCGGCCCUAUUUGCACGUGUGGGGAAGCCGUUUCAUGUAACGACGAAAUGCCUGAAAACUUCACGAAUUUCUACUAAAAUGAAGGGAAAGGCUUGUUUUCCGUUUCAUGGAGAAAUUGCUUCUAGAAAUUAUUCCACGACUGGCUUAACCAGGAGAUACAAUUUUGGGACGUCGUCAUUGUCCAUUUCCAACAGUGUCAGACAAGGACUGUUUCCUUGGACACAAAAUGCAAGGUGCUUUGCAGUGAGUGCAAGGAGCUCUUCAGAUAACACAGAGCUAUUGCAAGAUGACCAAGGAGCUAAUCCCUUUCUACAAGAGAAUGUGUCAGCAUUAGAUUCCAUGACAACAAACAAUGAAAUGCUUAAGGACAUGGCAGAUACCGUCUCUUCUGUUUGUGAACCAAGCCUGUCAAGCUUAGGUUUAGGUGGAUGGUCACCAGUAGGCCUUGUUCAACAAUGUCUGGAGUUAGUCCAUGUUUAUGGUGAUAUAUCCUGGUGUGCCUCUAUUGCUCUUGUUACAGUAUGCUUUCGACUGUUGGUUCUUCCACUGACUAUAAAGGCAAGUGCAAAUGCAGCCAAACUGAACAAUAUUAGACCUCAAAUUGAAGAGAUUCAAGCGAAGAUGAGGGAACUGAUGAAUUCCCAGGAUUCAGUUGCCAGUGCAGCUUUGGUUGCGCAGAUGAAGCAGCUUUACAAAGAAAAUGAUUGCAAUCCAUUUAAGAGUAUACUUGGUCCUCUUGUUCAGCUACCAAUGUUUAUUUCAUUUUUCUUUGCCAUUAGAGGAAUGGCUUAUUUGCCUGUAGAAUCAUUCAAGACAGGAGGUUAUCUUUGGUUCCAAGACCUGACGUUAUAUGAUCCAUAUUUUGUACUACCUUUUAUCUGCAGUUUCUCCAUGUUGGCAUCAAUAGAGGUGAUAAUGCACUUGAAAUUCACAGCAGCUGUUUUCCAUAUGUAGACUGUGUUCAAAUGAUGUCAGAGAAGCCAUGUACAUUCAAAACUGGUACAGUGCAGAGGCUGAAAACCUUAUGGUCAGCAUCACAGGGUCCUCUCGCUGGUUCCAAUACCAUAUAGCUGAUUAAUAUGGACCCUAAAGGAGCAUGCAAAAGUGUUCAUAUUAUUUGGGAGUCCAUAUCAAGCAGACUCUUAAAAUAAAUGCAUCAAACAAAUAUUUUUUUCAAUGAAAGACCAAAGCAUACAUAUACAAUCUUAAAGUAAUAGGACGAUGUUUAAUGCAUUAACUGAGACUGGCAAAACUAUUUGAUCUGAACUACAGGAUUUGUAACAAACACUUCCCACUAGAUGGUCAAACCACCUGGCAAAAUCAUCCUCACUGCUGGUCAAUUAAUGAAACCCCUGAACAAUUGACAGGCUGAGCACAGUUUUACAGGCUUUUUUUAGUUUGCAAAAUUGUAGAGGUCCUGUUACUUUGGCCCUGAC